CGUCACUCAGCUGCUAUUGGCGCCGCUAGCUUUCAUCGUGUCGCCUCGUAAAACGAUCGUUCGCCGCGGAGCGGCGUUCCCUUCGACGCCAUUUUCAAAGCGCGCCUUUUCGAAGCAUUCAGCGGCAAAUGGUUUGCUCCAGCUCCAGAUUACCGUGGUCAUCGGCGAUCCUGAGUUUUGCUGCGAAUUGCCAAAAGUAGCCAUUCGUCGGGAGUGUGUGGUUGUCGCAUUGUGGAAGUCGGGGAGCGAGGAAUUGAGCCGAUAUCAGGACGGCAAGACUGCGGUGACAACGCAAGUUACAGCAUGCAUCGAGUUAAAUCUGGCGACGAGGCUAAGAUUGCUCAAAAUAGAUACUGCUGCGCUUGUCCUCUGUAAAGUAACAAGCUUAUAGGCGGAUGGAAAAAACUUGGCCCCGGAGGGAUUCGAACCCUCGAUCUCCUGUUUACUAGACAGGCGCUUUAACCAACUAAGCCACGGCGCCAUUGGAGGGACGUGCGUACUUACAAUUUAUCACUAUUUAGCAGAGUUGACGGUUACGCAGUGGAAGCAGUGGCAGUUUCGGUGGACACGGAUGCCGUACCGGAGGAUCCGGUUCGGGCAGAGCAGGGUCGGUUCGAAGAUUUAUGGAACGGAGAGUGACUGACCCUGAGUUCGCUUGCACGUGUAUGCAGUUCCUGGGAGAUGCAAUUUCGGUUCAUGUGGAUGCUGCACCGGAGGAUCGGGCCGAGCAGAGUCAAUUCGAAGAACUGUAGCAGAACGUGGUCGAUUCUGAGUUUCUGCUAUUCCGUGUUCGACAUCACCGGAAGAGGACGAGAAAUAAUUUCGAGAGUGAUUCCGCGAAGAGCUCCCCACCGGGAUGACGCAAGGGUGAGAACACCGUCGCAAACAACCCCGCCAGCGCAUUACCGGAGAAACGAGAAGGGGAUGAUGCGCGGAGGUAACUCGGACAAGGAGGACACCAGGAGGACGAAAGAGGGGAAGAAAAAGAGAGAAUUGAGGGAAGAGGAGGAAGAGAACGCGGAGGAGGACGAAGGGACGAGGAAGGCGCCGACUGAGCGAUUAUCCAUCCAGAUACUAAUCAUGACUUAACGUUAUUUGACUUCGGUAAUCGGGCCAGUAUAAAUAUAGCUAUUCACGUUCAAGUUAAGAUAGAAACUCCAGAUACACAGGGGCUUUAGAAAAUAUCGAUACAAUUAUGAUACCACAGCAUAUUUAACGAUAAGUUAACAUUAAUAACAAGCAUUUAUCAAAAACAUUAAUGAAAAUCAAAGUUUACUGAAAACUAUCAUUUGUUUAUCGCAAAAUAAGCGUUUU